GGCGGGCGGCGGUUUGGGUGUCAGAGCCAGCCGCAAUUUGAAUGGGGCGACCGGCGCGCCGGCGACGCAGGACGCGAUGAGAGCCGGUGUUGGCUAUAGAAUCCAGGAGUGCUCCGAAAGAGGCAGCCCCAGCUGCGAGAUCCUGUGGGGAGAAGAGAAGGCCUUGCCCUCUGCGCAGGCCCCUGCGUCGGAGAGCCAAGAACUACGAGCCACCCCUCAAUCUACUUCAGGAAGAGAUGGUCCAGUCCAGCCACAAUCAGCAUUAAAAAUCCUACAACAACAGCUAGAAUCAUUUCAAGCCCUUCGACAACAAACUUUGAAGAAUGUAAACAUGGUUCAGUCUGAAAUCAACGAGAUACUUAAUAAAAAUAUAACUGACAUGAAAAGUCCAGAAUUUAAUCCAGACCAUUCAUUUUUGACCAGCACACCUAUCAGCAUUGCUAUGUCAAGAGCAUAUCAAGAAGGAUCUCAUUUUAAGAAGCAACUUCAUCCUGAAAGCAGUUCUGCUACCAGCCACUAUCCAGAAAACAAUGUCAGUGCUAUAGUAGGAAAUACUAUCACAACUGAAAAUACUCCACAUCAUAUUUUGUUAAAAUAUAACACAGUUGGAAAGCCAGAAAUCCAUACCCAAUCAUCUAGAAAUAAAGCUGUUCUGUCUUCACAUAGUGACCAAGUUCUGAAGAACUCUGCUGACAACAUUUGUUCCCCAUCAGUUGUCCAUUUGGAAACAGAAAGGGUGACUUCUCCAAGGAAGAUCAGAAAUUAUGAUGAACAUAAAAUGUCCAUGGCAUUAUAUAAGCAUGAGGAGGAGGAGGAGGAACACUUGAUAGAAAAUAUGAGUUAUUACUUCAAAGAUAUGAAAGACAACAAAAAGUCCCCUAGGCAUGAACUGUCAGGUACCUUUGAACUUCAAAAUUCUCUUAAUGUGUGUGGCAAAGACAACGAUUCUGGUUAUCUGUCAGAACAGGAUUUAAUAGAGAAAGCCGUUGAUGCAUCAAAUGAGGAUUUUAAAUCCAGGAAAAUUUCAGAACUGGAGGAUUCAGUAGGUGAGUUUCAUAUUUCCAUGGUUUCUUCUAGAGAACAUAAUCAAAAUGAGGUACAAACAGCAUUUGAAAACAAGUACCUGGAUAAAGAACUUCUGAUGAAAGGCAAUGCUGUUGACAAGCCACAGUUACAAUUCUUAUCCAAAGUGGAAAAAGAUCAAUUAUUAUUUACAGAACACAUGGAAGAAAGACAAAUAGACAGACAGAAGCAACUGCUCAGUCCACAGAAAGAAUUGCAACAUGAAAUUUUGGAAUUCUGUGAUGUCAAUGCUGUGUCUGAUGACUAUAUUAAAAAAGCAAGAUUGUUACCAAUGUCAUUAAGGGAGUCAGAAUGCAUUCAGAAAAAAGUGAUCAACCUUGAACAUGAAAAUGGCGAUCUCAAGAAUCAAAUGAAACCUCUGACUGACAUUAUGCAGUCUCUCACAGAACAAAACUCAAAAUAUCAGAAGCAGAUUAAGGAUUUACAUGAUGAGAAGAACAACCUCCAAGGGAGGCUAGUGAAAUCAGAAGGAGACUGCAAGGAAUGUCUUAAAGAAGUGAAAAGACUGCUGAAGAAAUGCAAGGAACUUCUACAGCAAAAGUCUACUCUGGAAGAAAAUCAGGAUCAGCUUUAUGCUCAAAACCAGCGACUGAUGCGAGAAAUAAAUGAUUUACAGAAGAAAGACCAAAACGCACAGGAAAGUUUGGCUUCUUUUACCAAAGAAAAAGUUGAUCUUACUGUGACUAUUGAAUCUUUAAAAACAAAACUUUCAGUGUUUCAAGAAGAAAAUAAAAUGCUGCAGGAGGAAAUAGGUCAGCUUACAGAUAAGAAUAGUUUGUUAGAAAAGGAACUUGGACUGAACAGGAAUGAAAUACAGCAACUGAAAAAUAAUGAGAAGGCAGUUAAUUCUGAUCUGGAAGCUCUUCAUACAAGGAUACAAUCACUUAAAGAGGAAAAAUUGAAUCUUGAUAAAAGAUUGCAGGAAGCAAUCAAUGCUAAAGAAUUCCUACAGAAGCAGCUUUCAGAGGCCCAGUCAAGCAGAGCUAAUGCUGAGGAAAACCUUCUAACUGAGUGUAAAAAUGCAAAAAUAGAAAUUGGAGCUUUGAAAUCUAAUUUAUCCAACAUGGAAAGAGAAUGUGAAAGGCAGAGAAAGGUUCUAACAGACAUUACAGAUGACAACUGGCUUCUUAAAAAGGAGCUGCAUGAAUAUAAACAGGAGGUUUCCGAAUGCAAAAAUAAAAUAAGACAACUGAAUGAGGAACUCUUAUUGAUGGAAAAUGAAAUGCGGUCAACAGAGAAUGAAAGAGACAUAUUACAAUUUGAAGCACGCCGUCUUCAUAGGAAUAAUGCUAUCCUCAGGGACCAAGUUACUACAUUGGUCAAUGAGCAGUAUAAGCGAAGGUACAGUUUUGGAAGUCAAGGACAAAAUGAUCACCUAGAUGAUCCCAAGAAAAUCUGUGAAGAAAUAUCCAGUUACCACCAUAUUUCUUUAAUACAUAACCCACCAGGGUUUGGAAAGAUUGCUGAAAUCCGAAGGAAACUGGGAGGAGACAAGCUCUGUCCAGACAAGAAGUGCAUCCAGGUCAAGAAGUUCUACAGUGCCUUUUCAGUCAGCUGCACCACUUCUAUCAUAAGAAAGUCAGGUUUUCCAACUGCUCUGCGGAAAAAAAUACAGCGCUCUUUGCUGUGCCACUUAGUACGUUGAGGGUUCCACACACUUACAUUAAGGACAAAGCGCAUUUCUAAUCACACUGCUCAAACAACUUAGCCAAGAGCAGAGUGAUUAUUCAAGAAUUAUGAAACUGAAAGUAUUGAUGGAAACUGCUGCCGCAGGAAUACAUAUCCAGACUGCCACAUGGAUACAUAUUUAUCUAUAGCUCCUUUUAUACUGCUCUUUUUUUGAGGUGGAACUUUUCUUAAAGAAUGGAACAUCUGACAUAAUUUUGAGUGUUACUUCCUGUACUAUCAGAUUUUUUAAAAUGUAAUCUGGACUUUAUUGGCAGAAUUAUUCACUAUAUUUGAAGAAGGAUUCCUUUUUAAAAAAUGAAAUGUAAAACUUGAGUAUCAUAUUAAAACACCAAGUAGUCUUAAUUUAAAAUAUUUACACCAAAAGCUUAAAACAGUGUUUUUGGGUUUUGUUACACUUUCAUAUCUUAAUGCUGAUCUGAACCUGUUUUAAUAGUUGUUAGAGGAAACCAACUCCAUUUAAGUAGGACUUAAAUGGUACCUUGCAGACAACUGUAAUACUAGGACUGUCACCCAACUAAAGAAAUCAGCAGAUUAAUCCUAUAAGUUUUAAACAAAGUCACCAUCUUUAGCCUGCUGACAUGACAGGGAGGGAAGGAGGUUGGGGCCAAGAACUUGCACAUCUUCCUGUGGAAAUCCCAGCUUCUUUCCCUCUCCCUCACUGGAGCUUUAUCUAAGCAGCAGACUCCAGCUGUCUGGAUAAAAUACCUAGUGCAAUGCACAGCAGUGGUGGAGACUGCUUCAUUCGGGGGAUAGAAU